AUGUCCUCCUAUGAUGUAAAGAAUAUAUUUCCAAAUGUAAAGGUUUUGAGAGAUGAAGGAGUUCCUCAAUAUGCUGUCUUUACUCUGUUAUCUAAACGUGCAUAUCUUGCAUUUAUGAGUCCAUCAAUGUUUGUUGAAUAUGUCAACUUCAUCAAGGGAACAGGAAUCAUGCCUUUCGAGGCUCCGUUUGUUGAAGCACUUUUGGUCAUAACAAAGUUGAGUAAAUCAACCUGGGAAUCGAAACUGGAUAUCUUCGAGAGGCUUGGCUGGUCCAGAGAUGUCACUCUUUUGGCAUUCAGUAAGUUUCCACCUUUGAUGUGUAUGUCAGAGAAAAAUAUCACAGACACAAUGAAGUUUUUGGUGGAUGAAAUGGAUUUACCGUUGAAAGAUAUAGCUAGAUGCCCAGCAAUUCUUGGCCUUAGCUUGACGAAGAGGAUUAUUCCUAGAUGGUCAGUGGUUAAAAUAUUGAAAAUGAAGGGUUUAAUCAAGGAUGAUAGAUCCCCAUUUACCGUCAUUAUUCCGAGUGAGAAAAGGUUUCUGCAAGAUUUUGUGAUUAAAUUUCAGGAAAGUGUUCCUGAGCUACUGAAACUCUAUAGAGAGGAAUCGAGAUCUUUACCUGAAGCUCAGGCCUAG